AUGUCGCUCGUUCGUCUGCUUGAUCCAAUAGCACUUGGCCGGAGCUUGUCGAUGGUCCUCGGGAAACCGAUACGGGAUCCCACCCGUGCGACGGCCUACGUCGAUCCUCUGGGCGCCUCUCCCGCUUUCAGCACCGUCGGCCGUGUCAUCACCAUCUUCACCUGGGCAACAAGAGCAAUACGUCUGCGCCAGGUUAAGAAAAUGACGGAUGGGAUGCUCGCAUUCCCGAUGACUGUGAGCUCGCUCGCUCGUCCGUCCGUCAAGCCACAUCCCGGGCAAGGCGCUUGA